ACAGACGGGGAGAAAACGUGGACCGUGUGCUUUACGUUCUUUGCCAGAUGCUUAAUUUAACCGCGUUGACAGUUUGACAGUUAGUUGUCCUUUAUCAACACAAAAAACAGCUAAGAAAGAUAUACCAGUUUCUAUAAAAUGACGGAACAGUCCUCGUUGUUACUACGUAAACAAUUAGCAGAGCUCAGCAAGAGCCCAGUGGAAGGCUUCUCCGCGGGUCUUGUGGACGAUGAUGACAUCUAUCAGUGGGAAGUGGUCGUCAUCGGGCCUCAAGACACGUUAUUUGAAGGAGGGUUCUUCAAAGCCACUUUAACCUUCCCCCGUGACUAUCCUCUGAGGCCUCCAAAGAUGAAGUUCAUCACGGAAAUCUGGCAUCCAAAUGUGGCCAAAAAUGGCGACGUCUGCAUCUCCAUCCUGCAUGAACCUGGCGAGGACAAGUAUGGCUAUGAGAAGCCCGAAGAGCGCUGGCUGCCGAUCCAUACAGUAGAGACCAUCAUGAUCAGUGUUAUCUCUAUGUUAGCAGACCCCAAUGGAGACUCUCCUGCCAAUGUGGAUGCAGCUAAAGAGUGGCGGGAGGAUCCUACAGGAGUUUUUAAGAAAAAAGUGGCACGCUGUGUGCGGAAGAGUCAAGAGAUGGCUUUCGACUAAGGUCACACCCCAGUCAUCAACACAGUUGGAACUGCACAGGUGGGCUUAAGUGGGCUAGAUGACCACGGGGCACAACUUCAGCAACAUCAAUUAGCCACCCAAAGAGAAAGCAAAUGUAUAAACCUUUAUUCUCUACUAAUUUGUGUUGUGCAGUUUGAGAAUUGUUGAUAUUUCUGAAUAUUGCUGAAUGGCAGUGGCAUUCUUGCUGUCAAAAGUUCAGUUCCAUUUUACUUUCCAAUUUUGCACCAUCAGUUACAUAAGAUUUGCAACUGAUGGACUAUGGGCAGACUAUUACUUAUUGUAUUACAGACUAAUGCUUAUUCUGUUAUGUACAUACUCAUCAGAUUUUAGGAGAAACCAUCCCCUCUGAUAAAUGCCCUGUUUUCUAAAGUUAGUUUACUUUAUAUCUACGUAUUUAUUUUGAGUGAGAUUAUUUUGCGAUGCAUAUUGUCUGUUAUGGAGGUUUUUAUUUUUAUUUUCAGCCUGCCACACUGAGCCAGCUGUUCUACAGUUUUUUCAUCAAGUAUGCAAUUUAGGGGUAUUGGCAGUCAUGAAAUAGAUGGAAACGCAGACACUAGCUUUCCUUUCCCUGGACACACUGUGUUCUGCAGAGAAAGUGCUCCUCCUCUCCCUGAGGGGGAAACUUAACACCUAACACUGCCUUAACUUUGACUGCCAGCGAAGGAAACCUAUCUCCAGUCAGGACUGCAUCUGAAGGCCUGUUUUGAGUCCAGAAAAACUAUUGUGCACAAACCAAAGACAGUACACCGAUACAAAUAUUUUUAUGUACAUGCUGCAUUUUAUACCUCUGUAAACAUGAACUACUUGUCCUUGCUUGGAAAACUCAAACCUUUUUGAACAAUGCAUCUGUAUAGAGAAAAACCAUUCAUCUUGCCUGUGAGAGAGGGGCUGUGUCGAGACUGUACAGUAGCACAUUAAAUAGGCCUUUUUCACACAAGCCACAGUAUGAAAAGCACAGGUGUAUAUGAUAAAAUUGAUGACGGAUGAAUUCCGUUUUGCAGUUCCUGGCUCACUGUCACAGCUCACUGGAGUACUUGAAAAUAAUGCAGCCAUCGUUGCUAUCAGUUAAACAACGAUAAUGGCAAUUUCUCAUUUAGAAAGGACUGAUGACUGAUUAGUGAACUUUGUACCCCUCCACUACACAAAUCAUCGUCUUAAUUAACAGAUGUUUUCAGAGCUUGCUUUCAGAUUUAACUUGAUUCGGAGUUACUGUCAAUCAGGACUCAAGUCUGCCUUGUUUUCAGUGUAAAGUGCAUGAACAAAAUACAGCGACACAUUAUUUUCUAAUAUCCAUGACUGCUUUAUUGAAUUAAGCACCAGCUCAAUAUGGUCAACAUCCAGACAAUAGAUGAGAUAUCCUUAAACUUAAAGAGUAAAAAAUAAUCUGAGCAACACAAAAGCAUACCCCCCACCCAAAGAAAAACUCCAUCCAUCAAUCCUGCAGGUGUAGAAUAGAAACUGGGUCCUGAGUUGUUCACUGUCCGGGGGCUGACAGACUUUUGUUCAUGAACUGCCUCUUGACAAAGCACACCCACCACUGAAAGAGACAAACAUCUGUUAUGAAAAGUGUCUGAAGCUUCUGCACUCUGUGGCAACAUAAAAAACAAACCUGGACACCAGACAAUUCAUUUGUGACAGGACAACAGGACACACAUUGUUGUGCUGAAAUCUAGAUAGAAACCCUUGACAAACAACUAUAGCUCCAUUGUCUAUGUCCUCCUCUUGAGUAACAAAGCCUUAUUUCACAUUACAAUGUGAACUGCCUUUGCAGUUAACUCAAUGAUUGCAUUAUGAAUAAAGGGUGCAUUAGCCCAGGUAAUUUGGCUUAAACACAGGAAAUGUGGGUCACAGCCGGUAUGACUGAUUGCACCUUGCUUGUCACAUUUUGAAACAAGUUCAUAACUUACGAGAAUUGCCAAUUACCUGGUGUGAAUGUUAUGUGCAUAUACAGCUCUAGUGGUGUUACUUUGCAGAUGUCGCACUCACCUUGCUGGGUUUGUCUGUCUGGGGGUCAAACACACGGUCACAUAGCCUCAAGCCAGUCUCCUGGCGAAUCUGCUGGAGGUACGCCCUCAUCGUCUCUGGAAAAGGUUGCAGAAGCAGUGUUAUAUCGCAGCAAAAACACCUUCAACCACUGCUUUAAGCACUAUCACUAUGAGCAAAGUCACAUCAUACCAUAACAUUUCAUUCGCUACCGCAACAUCAAAACCGGGAAAGGGGACCUUGAGCAGUGCUUAAAUUGCUUUGUAUCUUUAUCUUUGUAGAAGACACAACAGUGCUGAUACUGUAUAAGAGCAAGGUUGAGGGACACCACACAAGCAUGAAACAGCACUUCAAGCUGAAGGAGCUCUGGUCAGCAUUGCUAUUUUUGGCUUGAUAUUACUUCAAGCAGGGAAUCAGAUGAAAUAUGAGAAGGGUACAAGGAAACUGGCCCUAAUUCGGAGUACAGUGUUAAUGAGCCACAAAGAUUCACGGCUCACAAUGAGUAUGAAUAUGGGGGAAAUGUCCAACUGAGCAAGACUUGCUUUUUUUCCUCUUUUUAUUCUUGGUACACUUCCUGAGGCACUACAAGACCUAGUUUAUGGUGCUGGGUCUUACCUUCCUCCUGCUUGUUUGUAGGUUUAACAUACAUAGCAUUGAGUGGGAAGCCAGGUUCUCCUGGAAUGGGAAAGUUAGUGAUGCCCAGAGUGUACAUCUCCUUCUCUCCCUGGCUCCUGGAGCUGCACUGUGAGGAGCGCACACACACACACACAAUGAUUUAGCUCUCCUGUUUUUCAACACCGUUUGCAUAAGCAUUCAAGCAGCUAAUUCCUUCUUCCUGUAUAUGUGAAAAAAGCAAGUCACAUUGUACUUAUCAGUUAAUGACUCCCUAAAAAACAUCUGGUAAGCCCCUGAGGGUUAUCUGCUCUAGGUGUCAGACACCUACUUUAACACAAGCCUUUUAAUUCUUGCUACACAUCUUCACAUUUGCAAGAAGUCAGUGGAAAGUCUAGACAUCCACCCCUGUAAACUCUGUACCCAUACAUUAUGAAAUGUACCUUCUGUAGCCUCUUUAGGCAUUCAGAAAUGUAGAGUGUGACAUAGAUCAGUGUCCUGUCCGCCUCAUUCUGAAAGAAACACAGCAAACACACAAACACACAUUACUGUCUGAAAUACCUGGAAUUACACUGAAAAAAAAAAAAAGUGUUCUUUGUCUAACGCAUAAGUGUUGUCAUAAUUGUUACAGUUCCAGCCAG